CACGGACUCGACCCUCAGUGCCAACCAACAGGGCGACCAAGCUCAAUUAUCUCAGACUACUCAGCUACCGCCUGCCCGCUCUGGCGCUCUCAGCUCCUUGAGCCCUAAUCGAUACUCUACAUGGCGAGGGUUCACCCCAACAUGGUGCCCGCCCCGGGCGCCGUCGGCGACGUGCCGUGCGCGCCGGCCAGCUCCGCGGUGGAGGGGCCGACGACGCUGACGGUGUGGCGCAAGUCGCUGCUAUUCGACUGCAAGGGCUUCACGGUGUUCGACGCCAAGGGCAACCUUGCCUACCGCGUCGACAGCUACGCCUCCGAGACCGGCGACGAAGUCGUCCUCAUGGACGCGGCCGGCCGCCCCUCCUUCACCGUCCGCCGUAAGCGGUUCAGCCUGCAGGGCGAGCAGUGGCUGGUGUUCGCCGGCGAGGAGACACGGCGGCCCGUGUACGCCGUCAGGCGGAGCGGCCGCGGCAAGACGAUGGCGCACGUCACGGCGUGCGCCGGCGCCGGGCCCUCUUACGAGGUGGAGGGGUCGUACGCGCGUCGGAGCUGCGUAGUGUACGACGGCGAGAGGCGCGCGGUGGUGGAGAUCAGGCCCAAGGAGGUGGUCGGCACGGACGUUUUCCGCCUGGCGGUGCAGCCUGGAGUCGACGUGUCGCUGGCCAUGGCCGUUGUGGUGGCGCUCGAGCAGAUGUUCGCCAGGCCGUCGCUCCUCAGGAGCUGGUCCACAUAGAUUAUAUAGUUAAUUAUAAUUUGUUUGUUCAUCAUCGGAGCACGUCUCAGUUUAGUCAAGCUUAUAGCUUUUUUUGCCCCAUGCACUCAGUUUGGGGUUGGAAUUGAGACCGUUAGAGUCGAUGGAUCGAUCUGUGUGUGUGGGCAUGAGAGCAAGCCGAUCUGUUCGAUGAUGCCCUCCAAAUCAAUGGCAUAUACGUACUACUAUAGUAUGGCCAAAUGAUGUCUUUUUGGUCUGUCGUUGUGUACAUAUUCUUUCUAGAGAGUGAAAUAAUAAUUUUAUAAACAGUUCUUUUGUAUA